GUGGUUCUGAGUGAGGCGGCCGGGGCUGAGACAGACGCUGGGCAAAGGGACACAUGUAGGGAGAGACACAGCACAGGCUUUGGCAGGAGGACUCUUAUCUGAACCCACUUCUCUUUCCUUAAUCUCAGUUAUCUUUGACACCAGUGAAGAUUUACAGCAGUUUGAAAUGUCGCUCAUCCUGACCGUGCUGGACAAGCUGGCAUACUUUCUGUCUCUGAUAGCAUUUUGUGUCAGUGUGUCCUACAGCUGGCUGAAAUGAAACUAGAUCCUUCUUUCUGUCCACGAGCUCUGAUAAUGACCGCAUGCUUUUUCAGUGGAUAUUUAACAAAUGAUCCUGAGGUGUGGGGUGUGAGUUACGAUGCUUUUUCUCCUGACUUCUCUGAGUGUAACUGAAGACAGUGAGCUCUUUGCCAAAGACCACGAUGCUGCAGCUGUGCAUCCUGAGGCCGUACCAUGUGCUCGCACUGGUGCUGUGUGUGUCAGCCAGAGAGGACUUUGACUGGACCAAGAACGACAGAACAUCUUUUUACUACGGCACCUUCCCCACUGGGUUCUCAUGGGGCGCCGGCAGCUCUGCCUAUCAGACUGAAGGAGCCUGGAAUGCAGACGGCAAAGGGAUGAGCAUCUGGGACGCUUUCACCCACAAAAAGGGCAAAAUAUUCUUGAACGACACGGGAGACGCCUCGUGUGAGGGCUACUACAAAUUAAAGGAUGACAUCAACUUGAUGAAGGACAUGAAGCUGAAUCAUUAUCGUUUCUCCAUCUCCUGGCCGAGGAUUUUACCAAGCGGACUGAAAAGUGAACACAUCAACGAGAAAGGAAUCAAAUAUUACGACGACCUGAUUAACAUGCUGCUGGACAAUAAGAUCACACCUAUAGUGACUCUGUACCACUGGGAUUUACCACAGUUCUUACAGGAGAAAUAUGGCGGCUGGCAGAAAGGCACCAUGGUCAACCACUUCAACGACUUUGCCAACUUGUGCUUUGAGAGGUUUGGAAACAAAGUGAAGUACUGGAUCACCUUCAACAACCCCUGGUCCAUCGCUGUGGAGGGAUAUCAAACAGGGGAACAUGCACCUGGACUGAAGCUGAAGGGAACAGGAGCUUAUAAAGCUGCUCACCACAUCAUCAAGGCACACGCUAAAGUUUGGCACACGUAUGACAUGCAGUGGCGAAGCAAACAGAAAGGCCUGGUUGGGAUCUCGCUAACAGCAGACUGGGGGGAACCAGUGGACAUCACCAACCAGAGAGACAUUGAAGCAGCAGAGAGAUACAUCCAGUUCUACCUGGGAUGGUUUGCUACUCCCAUCUUCCACGGAGACUACCCCCAGGUCAUGAAAGAUUACAUCGGCAGGAAGAGCGGCCAGCAGGGCCUCGGAGCAUCACGGCUGCCCGUCUUCUCGCCUCAGGAGAAGAGUUACAUCAAGGGAACCUGUGACUUCAUGGGCCUCGGCCAUUUCACCACUCGCUACGUCACCCUGAAGAAUUACCCGUCGAGCGUCGGAGACAGCUACUUCGCAGACCGUGACCUCGCUGAGCUGGUCGACCCACAGUGGCCUGAUCCAGGAUCUGAGUGGCUCUACUCUGUUCCCUGGGGCUUCAGACGCCUGUUGAACUUUGUCAAGACUCAGUACGGAAACCCGAUGAUAUACGUGACAGAAAACGGCGUGUCAGAGAAAAUGCUCUGCACCGACCUCUGUGACGACUGGAGGAUGCAGUACUUCAAAGACUACAUCAACGAAAUGCUCAAAGCGAUAAAGGACGGGGUGAACGUGAAGGGUUACACAGCCUGGUCUCUCCUCGACAACUUUGAGUGGGACGAAGGAUACUCCGAGAGGUUCGGACUCUACUACGUGGACUUCAGGAACAAGAACAAACCACGCUACCCGAAGGCGUCUGUCCAGUUCUACAAACGCAUCAUCAGCUCGAAUGGCUUCCCCAAUCAGAGAGAGGUGGAGAGUUGGAAGAGGAAAGCCGUGGAGACGUGCUCCUCCAGUAACCAGCUCCUGGCUGCAGACCCGCUGAUCGGCCACAUGGAGAUGGUGACAGAGAUCGUGGUUCCCACCGUGUGCACGCUCUGCAUCCUCCUCAGUGCAGUCUUCCUCAUGUUCCUGCUGCGAGGACGCAUCUGAACACACACACACACACACACACACACACAUGAAUCUGAGAGUGACUCUGAAGCUGUAAAACUUUCUCCUGUCAGAGCAUCGUGUUGAUUUAACUGUCCUGCUGUUCUGGUCUGAUAAACUGUGUCCAGGUCGUCACCAUUAAGUCACAAAGCGCCGCCACCUGUCACAGCUCUGGAAGAAUGGAUUCAAGCUUGGUAUCAUUUUUAUUAUUUUUAUUUUUUAACAAACUGGUCUUGUGUGGUUUUUGACGUAGCUCAGUUUUACAGGCUACUCAUCUAACUGCAGAGAGGAGAGGGUUUACUGUCACAUCAAGUUUGUAACAUAAAGAAAUAAGAGUGAUGGAGAUAAAGUGUUGUUCUCUCUGUGGACCAUAAACUUCAAAUAAACACAUUUUUAAGA